UUUAUCGCAGCUUUAGAUACUGUAUUAUAAAAGUACCCACAUUUUUCACACUUCACCUAUCACUAAACUCAAUUGUUGUUGUCGUCCAAAGCCAUGGGGCUGUUUGUUUUUCAAGCCCAUCAACUCCAAAUGCUGCAUCUUUUCAUCUUCUUAAUAAUCUUGAUGGUCAUUCCACUUAUUUCAUCAACUUGUUGUGGGUCAAAGAAGGAAGAAGGCGGUGGUGGUGGCGGUGCUUCAAAAAAGUCUGCUCUUCGUAAAACUCCAAAGAAGCAACGCUCCAAAGAAGCAUUUUCCGGAUCAAAGAAGAAAAGCGAUGAAAAGGUCGAAGAAAAAGGGAAGAAGAAGUCUUCAAAGGAAGCUCCAAGUAAUACUAAAAAAUCGGUAUUCAAGUCUAGCUUUGAUGGAGUGCAUACUGCUGUUACAAUGGAGGAAGGAAAAAAUGUUGGAGGAGGAGGGAAAAAAUCCAUUUUCCCAAAGAUGAAGCUUCGAAAGAGUUCUGGAAAAGAAGAGGAUGCUACUGCUAAAAGUAUGGUUUCUAAACCAACAACGAGUACUACUGGCGCUAGUUUCGCAAGAAGUAUUAUGGUUGGGGCACCAAACGACAUGCAAAGUCAAUCAACGGAAAAGACCAAGAUGAAAGUAGGAAUAGCUCAAAAGAGAUUUAAGACGAUUGAAGAGAAAAUUGCUGCCACCAAAAAGAUGCUUGCUUAUACAGGAAGGAAAGGACCACCGCCAGGGAAUCCAAUGGGGAAUGUGGACAACCAUAUUGAAAAGAGGGCAGAAGGACAUUUGGCUGUUGCAUUCUCACCGAUUCAUAUCUUCGACACGCCUGCAUACAGAUAUACUACUCGAAAUCCUAAAGCUGGACACGUUGCCAAAAUAAACGAGGCAGGCAAUUUGCUCUACUUAUGUGAUGAUGUGAGUAAAACAAAGUCUGCAAGUUCCUCAACGAGUUCCAAGAUGAAAGAAGCCGAAGGAACAAAAUCAGAUAUGAGCAGCAGUGUAAUGGAAGAAGUGUAUGGCAUCAAAAAAGAUGACCCUGAUACGCCUGAUACUAAAGAUGAUGAAGAAGAUGAAAGCUCAGGUGGGGAUUAGAGGAAGGAAAAAUAUUAGAAAGAGAAAAUAUAUAUAAUUAAUAAUUGUGUGAUCUUUUCUUAUUCGAUCACUUGUAUAUAUGUGUUGUUGUAUAUAUUUUGAGGAAUAUUAUUAUGUAGUAGGAGGCUUAUAAUAGAAAAAAAUAUGGGGCUGUAGUGUAGUAAAAAUUUUUUAAAUAA